AUGGCUACCCUGAUCGCUGGCGAGGAGGAUGAGCAAGCCGUGGCUGAGGUCAAGAACAAUGUGCAGGAGCUAUCCAAGCUGGCGGAUGAGAAAGAAGGGGAGGCUGGCCUGGAGACAGAGCAGCAGCGUGAACAGGAGCAGGAGCGGCAGCAAGAGCAGGAGCAAGAGGAGGAGAAGGAACAGGAAAUCGAGAUUGAGAAGUUUGUGGACCUGAUGCACUGCCGCGACGAUGAAGAGCCUGAGAGCUGGCCGCUGGCGUCGCUGGCCGCCGAGGAGAAGGCCAAGCAGUUCUACGAGGCCCAAAGGUUCAAGCUUUGGAAGCGGAGGCCUUUGGACAACCUGCCACCAGAGGCGCGCAUCUCCACCAACUGGUUCAACCCCCAGUGGAGCGGCUUCCGGCGCGUGAAGAACGUCUUCGUACAGAUGGAGUGGGUGCCGGACCUGGCCAAGGCGUUGCGCAGCAAGGAGCCUUUGUUGCUGGACCCGGUGGAGGAGAUGGAGAUGCACAAGAAGCUACGCACCGCCUGGGAUCUGCUGAUGCGCGGCGAGGGCAUUGAGAUGCCAAGCCCUGAAGUGACCAUCACCCGCUCAGAAACACAGGUCGUCCCUGGGAAGAAGGUGGAGAAGCUGCCGCCACCCCCGGGGGAGAUCGGCGCGGAGCGGCUCAUGGAGCUGUUGGCAGCGAGUUUCGACUGGGACCCCGCCUUGCGGGAUCCUGCUGCCGCGUUGGCCUUCUUGGGCCGCAAGCGCGACGAGAAGCUGAGCUACGAGGACAUGGUGCAGCUCUUGCUGGACGGCCGCUUCCGGACCAGGGACGAGCACCGGCACUUCGUGAUGUUGUCCCUGGCAGAGGCGGAGACACUGCGGCGGGUCCUCCACGCCAGGCUCCAGGAGCUAAAAUUUGGCCCAGUUGUGGGAGGUGUCCACUCGGCUUAG